UGUUUCGUUCAUUUAUUUCUCGCGUGUGUGUGUUGUACGAAAGUGACGAAUUAGUUUUUAAUUGACAAAAUUUUUCAAUCUAUGAAAAUUCCUGCAGCAUUUUUGCUAAAUAAAAAACCAGAAAUUUGUUGAAACCAUUAUAGAACGAGAACCGGGGAAAAAACAUUGCAAAACCUUUAUAGAAUAUAAUAAAAAUGGCCGAAGGAGGUAAUAGCAAGCGCAUCGUUGUCAAUGUGAAAACACCAAAGGAGAAAAAAACAAUCGAAGUGGAUGAAGAUUCUGGAAUUAAGGACUUCAAACAACUGGUCGCACAAAAGUUCGACUCUGAACCCGAACAGUUGGUGCUGAUCUUUGCGGGUAAAAUCAUGAAGGAUAGCGACACGUUAAAAACGCACAACAUAAAAGACGGUUUGACAGUACACCUGGUGAUUAAAGCACCGACCCGCGCUUCAGAGCCGGCCAGUCGACCAGCCGCAGAUGUACGUCAAACGCCAUUCGGACUUAACCAACUAGGGGGGUUGGCUGGCAUGGAAGCAUUGGGCGCUGGUACCGGCUCUUUCAUGGAUCUACAAGCACGCAUGCAAAGUGAAUUAUUGAAUAAUGGCGAUAUGUUACGUUCAGUUCUGGAUAACCCGCUGGUGCAGCAAAUGAUGAAUAAUCCGGAAAUCAUGCGCACUCUUUUCACUUCGAAUCCUCAAAUGCAGGACCUUAUGCAGCGCAAUCCGGAAAUUUCGCAUAUGCUUAAUAAUCCAGAGCUACUUCGGCAGACCAUGGAGCUGGCACGCAAUCCUUCCAUGUUGCAGGAGUUGAUGCGUUCACAUGAUCGCGCCAUGUCUAAUUUGGAAUCGGUACCCGGGGGUUAUAAUGCGUUACAGAGAAUCUACCGCGAUAUUCAGGAGCCAAUGUUGAAUGCAGCCAGCGAUUCGUUUACACGUAAUCCCUUCUCCGGGCUCAUGGAUAGUGCUGGCGGCGGAAAUAACCCUCAGCAGGGCACUGAAAAUCGUCAACCGUUGCCAAAUCCAUGGGGCGGUAGCGGCAAUGCUAGUGGUACGGCUAGUGGCAACUCUGCGUCCGGCGCAAAUCCAGACCUGCCACCACGAGGUAUGCUUAAUACGCCGGCUAUGCAGAGUCUUAUGCAGCAAAUGGCUGAAAACCCAUCAUUAAUGCAAAACCUCUUAAAUGCACCUUACACGCGCUCCAUGAUGGACGCCAUGUCACAGGAUCCUGAGAUGGCAUCGCGUCUUCUUAGUACCAGCCCGUUACUGGCUAACAAUCCGCAACUGCAAGAUCAGGUGCGUCAAAUGAUGCCGCAGUUCCUCAACCAAAUGCAAAAUCCCGAAGUACAGAAUAUGUUGACAAAUCCAGAAGCAUUGAAUGCAAUAAUGCAAAUACAACAGGGCAUGGAGCAAUUGCGAUCGGCUGCACCGGGUCUAGUCGGUUCGCUGGGUAUACCAGCACCGCCACCUGGCAAUACGGAGAGCUCAACCGGCACGACAAACUCGACUACGAAUACCACCAGUGGUGGUGGUAGUGACCCUAAUCGCCCGGCUACUGCAUCCGGUGGAGGGCCGAAUGCGCAGCUCUUCAAUGACUUCGUUUCGCGCAUGUUGAAUGGCAUGAGUGUGCAGUCAGAUAACACGCAGCCACCAGAGGUGCGCUAUCAAUCGCAGCUGGAGCAGUUGGCCUCAAUGGGGUUCGCCAAUCGGGAAGCCAACUUGCAAGCGCUAAUCGCCACUUUUGGAGACAUCAAUGCUGCCGUUGAGCGGUUAUUGGCACUAAAUCAAUUAUCUUUAAGUUAACAUCUUUAAUUGCAGUUGUUUAUUUAAUAAAUACACGAAAUUACCAACAAAAACAUAACUGCUGUUGCUGCUGCUGAUUAGACGGCCUAGAGACAACCCGUUCGCUUUCCUCCCCAAAAAAGUUAAAUAUGUGAAAUACAAAUGUCCCAGCAAAUUAACCAAAAUUAAAAAAGAAAUCUAAAUGAAAAAAAAAACUUUACAAAAACCAAAUCUUUUUUUGCUUGGGACCGCGGCAACAUUUCGUAAAGAUACAUACCUACAUGUAUACAUACCAAAAGUAAAAGCAAACACUAAAGGAACCGUUGAAGAUAAGGAUUAAAAACAAAUCAAACAUUACCUUACAUAAACAGUGGAAAAGAAGAAAUGAAUAGUGUCAUUAACUAGCAAUUUCACUAUUAUUUGCUAAAGCUGGUUUAUAAUUCAUUUAAUAGCCAAAUUCAUUUAAAAUUUGUUCGAUUUAUUCAUAUUAUUUUCGAAAAUAUUUAAAAGCUGUAAUUGCCUUGUAUGCAACCAAAAGAUUAAAAUAAAAAAAAUAUCUGA